CAAAAGAGAAAAUAUGGACUGAUAUACAAAUACGGUCAUAGUUAUAUAAAAUACACUGCCUAUCCAUCUGAAUGGUCGAAUAUUGAACACACAUUGAUAGGACAAGCUCGUACGUAUCUUCCAUCUAUGAAUUCAAACGAAAAGAGAAAAUUAAAAAAACAAUUAAAGAAUUGAGAUAGGGGUUAUGUAUAAAAGGUCCUUAAAAGCUUUCACUGGGUUUGGCAAGGUAAAGUGAUGAGUAUUUUUCCUGCUAUGCAGGAUGCCAAGAGAUGUGUCGAGGCCUGGACUUAUGCGCAGCAGCAGGGGAAGCUGGCAGUAGGAUCACAGGUAGGAACUCAAGUUUGGAAACCUCCAAAGCUUGGCUAGUGCAAGCUAAAUACUGAUGCAGCAAAAGGGAACCUUGACAGUGGUCUGGGAUGGGUUAUUCGGAAUGAGACCGAUGACUUUGUGGUGGGAGGAGCUAAGCGUGGGUGGGGUUGCAGCUCUCCAUUGGAAGCUGAAUAUUCAGGAAGCACUUAGUUGGAUAAAAAAUCAAGGGUGGGAUUUUGUGGAGGUUGAAACAGAUGCAUUAGUAGCUAUCCAUAAAAUUCGAGUUGGUUUGAGUCGGUCUGCGGUGGGCAUUUUAGCCGAGGAUAUUCGUGAUAUUAGUAAAAGAUUUUCUAAUAUUGAUUUCUCUUUUGUUAGACGAUCAUCGAAUAGAGUUGCUUACGAGUUGGCUAGAGUAGCUUGUUCUAUGUAUGACUGUCAAAAAUUUGGUUGUGUAAUCCUCCUUCGUGUAUGACACUAUUUAUGUCAAAUAUUCUAAACCUACCG